AUGACGACCACAUUGAACGGCAGCGGCAGGAAUGCUUACUCGCCCAGCAAUGGCCACGCCGCUGCAAGCUCUUGGUUGGACACGGCUCGCAACGGCUGGGCUCCCCAGAGCGAUCUGAAUUCUGGCAUCACUCUGGAUGGCUCAUCGUUGGACUUGGCCAGACUGAUGGGCUUGGUCGUGUAUCGACGCACCCCACAACUGGCAACGGAUCGUCGAGAGGAUAUGGACGCAUCCGUAGCCAGCCUGGAAAGCGAGCGCAAGACCGAAAACGCCAUCUACGGCGUCAACAUUCCUUUUGGUGCAGGAGCUUACACCACUCUGGACCACCAACAGCUACAACAGCAACAGAGAAUUGAUCGAGCUUUGAUCACGUUGAUCAAUGGCGACCUUGGAGCCGACAUGCUGCGACUGACCCAGACGCCGCAGGUGGCCUCCCAGGCUUCGAUGCCUCUUCCUGCACCAGCGCCCAUCUCGGCGUUUGGGCCGGAUAACUCACGCCUAACCAUGCCUGUGGCCUGGGUCAGAGCUGCGAUGGUGUUGCGCAUCAACUCGCUGCUCAGAGCAGCAUCCGGGUGCAGGUGGGAGGUUGUAGAGCGGCUCAGAGAUCUGCUCGAUCGCGAGCUAUACCCCGUCAUCCCGAUCCGCAAUUCCAUCUCGGCGAGCGGCGAUCUUUCGCCGUUGGCAUAUGUCGCAUACGCCGCAGCUGGUAGCAACAAGGUGCAGAUCCUCAAUGGAGCCACUGGCAAGGUCGAUACCGCUGAUAGCGCUCUCGCAGCGGCAAAGCUUGAGCCGGUGUUCCAACUGCGUCCACGAGAGAUGCUCGCUUGUAUCAACGGAACUGGUGCUUGCCUCGCCGUCUCUGCCUUGGCUCUAGAUCGUCUGCAAGGCCUGGCUUUUGCCACGCACGUCGUCACUGCGGUCAUGUGUGAGGCGCUCCUGGCAUCGCCCAGUUUCCUCGAUCCUUAUCUUCACGACGUUGCCCGACCGCAUCCGGGUCAGUGCGAGUCGGCUAGCAUUCUUCGUCAGCUGCUCGGCACCGAGUCGGCAGGUUUGCGCAACGAGCUGCUGCGUCACCACGACCAAGACCCACUCGAAUUUAUUUGGAGCCUCACUGCCCAGCCUGUGCUCGAGCAGCGCUUUGCAAGCAAGCGUAAUGGCAGCUCGUUCGCCGCGCCCACAAAAGUCGGCCAGCCGGCAGCGGCUAGCUACCUGCGUCAAGAUAGGUACCACCUGCGCUGUGCUCCUCAAUACAUUGGUCCCGCUCUCGAAGAGCUGCGUGCCGCGCACGACACGGUUCAGAUCGAGCUCAACAGCGUCACGGACAACCCGCUACUCAAGCCUGGCACCACCUCUUCGAGCAUAAACACAGCCAUGGUGCACGGCGGCAACUUUAUGGCGUCCAGCGUGGGACACUCAGCCGAACAGAUGCGCGCUACCACAUGCACCCUCGGCCGCCUGCUGCAUGAGCAGCUUACAGGCGCGAUUGACCCGUGCAAAUCUAACGGUCUACCCGCGUACCUGGCCGCGUACGGCGCCGACAACCCGGCCAUGACAGGAGGCCUGCGCAGCCUGGACAUCGCCAGCUCGUCCUACCUUGCGGAGCUGACCUUCUUGGGGCAACGGCUGAUCCAUCUCAAUCGCAACGCCGAGUGCGGCAACCAGAGCGUGAACAGCAUGGCUCUCGCUUCGGCACGGUAUACGCUGGAAGCGGUGGAUCUGCUCACCACCAUGUGUGCCAGCACGUUGUUGGCAGCGUGUCAGGCGCUGGACUUGCGCAGGCUCACCGUGCGCUUCUUCCGAGCGCUCAGCGAGCAUGUGCUGGCCCUACUCGAGAUUGCGGGUCAGAAGAUGGGCACGCCUGGGCUGCCGGCAGACUUGCAGAGGGAUACGCUGUUUAGACUGUUCGCAACCUGGAAUGCCCACUGGCCGGUGCAGCUAGAGGAGCGCGUCCGGAGAGCCGUCGAGGCCGCACUACCCUCUUUGGCUGUCUGGGCUCUCACACAGGUGCAAGACGCGAGCUCGCCGCAGACUGUCCAGUCUGCUCUCGCAGAUCUCGACCAAGGCCUCACCAACUGGCUCAUGACGGCAUGGGCCAACACAAUGGACAUGUACACCGCCCAGUCAGCCGCUGGCAAUGCUGAAAGCGCAGCGCUGAUCGACCUUCACCAUUCGGCUGCCUCGCUGCGCAUCCUCCGAUUUGUACGCCGUGACCUCGGCAUCCCGCUCGAUGCCGGUGGCGGCCUGCAGGCGAUGCACUCUGACAAAGCGCAGCACGCGUUUGCCACGUACGGCCACAGCGUUUCCCAGUUGGCUGCUGCGUUCAGAGACCGCAGGAUCGACGUGCUUUGGCACGAGCUGGCUCAGGACUUUUAG